UGGCGAGCUGAGGUGGAGGCAGGCUGCGGCAGCGAAGGCGACAGUGGCGGCGGCGCCAUGGCAGGGCUCGCAGGAUCCCUGCUGCCUUGGUGAUCCCGGGCUGACAGCCAGAGAGCACAGCGGCUCAGCUCCUGGAGAGUGAGGGUUGAAGAAAGCGGAGGGCAGCUGCCUGCGCCCGCUGGCUCCCAUUAGGUCGGUUCCUGCAGCGGUGCCCGGUGGCCUUGGCGAAGGCCCUGCCCAGCAGAGAUCAUGUAUUGCCUCCAGUGGCUGCUGCCCGUCCUCCUCAUCCCCAAGCCCCUCAACCCCGCCCUGUGGUUCAGCCACUCCAUGUUCAUGGGCUUCUACCUGCUCAGCUUCCUCUUGGAGCGGAAGCCUUGCACGAUCUGUGCCUUGGUUUUCCUGGCAGCCCUGUUCCUCAUCUGCUAUAGCUGCUGGGGAAACUGUUUCCUGUACCACUGUGCUGAUUCCCCGCUUCCGGAAUCGGCGCAUGACCCCGGCGUUGUGGGCACCUAACAGCCUGCCCGGUUAGCUUUCCAAGGAAGCAGAAGAUGGGAGGGGAGGCAUUGACAUAGGUCAUAAAGCAUUGGAGUUUCAAAUCCCGCAGCCCCGCGGGUGCCACAUUCCUGACGGCGCCUUUCUUGGCCUGUGAUGUUUUAUCCUUAUAAUGUGAAUAAUGGCACUGACCGGUGCUUUUAUUGUAGAGUCCUGUAGUCGUGGGUGGUCUUGUGAUUGUGUGUGUUCUGUCCCCAUCUCGGUCCCCCCCCCCACCCCCCAGGCUGGCAGGAUGGUCACCCCCAUCGCCUCAUUCCUGCGAGGAGUCUGUGCCCAUCCUGGUCCACCAUCCCAGCAUGACCUGGGCAGAUAAAAUGCCAGUCUCGUCACCUCUGUGACCCCCUCCUUUUCAGGGUCUCUUCCCUUCCCAGAAUGUUACCAUCCCCUCAGUCCCUGUCCUUGUUUCCCUUUAGUUCUCUUCUACCCCUUUCCUUUUUGGGGGAGCACCUGUCCAAGACAGGGCUCAUUUUUGCACUUAUCUCGAAUUUAAAGAGAUUGCUGACGCCCGAGAGCCUCGCUUUUUCAUCCUUCUUUCCCCGGUCAGCAGCCCAGACAAAAACGUGUCUUGACUGUUUGUUGUUCACAAAUCUCCAGUAUUUUCUCCACUUCAUUUUUAAGAAAGAAGUAACAGAGACCUGUUGCUCUUUCACUUGGGUGUCUGGGCUCAUGCUUACCAGCCCAGCCUCACUUUCUUUGCCCUUCCUCCUGCCUUUCUCAAUUGUCCCAAGGAGGGGGGCCUCACCGUGUCUCCCGUGCAUGCUCUGCAGGAUUGAGGUGUGGCGUGUCCCUGUAGAUCUAGCAGUUCCCAGCCGAGUGAAUGGAAGAGUACUUGUGUGUUUCAUAACAGCCAUGAUCCCUGUAAUAGGUGUUUGGAUAUUUUUUGGCGUGCCGUGAGUGCGUGUGUACGUGUGUGUGUGCGCGUGUAUAUACAAAUACAUGUGUAUAUUCCUUUUAAAGAAGCUUUAUCGAGCGUGUUCUGACUUGGAGGUUUAGCAGUAGCUAGCUAUGGUAGGUGCCGCUACAGUUUUUAUUUAGCAUGGGGACUGCAGGGCGACCAGCGCACUGGACUCCGAGAUGGUUCAGACAAGACAGAGGGGAGCAGUGGCCAUCGUCCUUGUGCCAGGAGCUCCUUCAGUCCUGCGCAUAUAGACUGUACCUUAUGAAGAAUACACAGGAAGACUUUGUGACUGUCACUUGCUUUUUGCUUUUUCUGCGCUUCAGUAACAAGUGUUGGCAAACGAGACUUUCUCCUGGCCCCUGCCCACUGGGGACCAGCAUGGUUGUCCGUCCAGUCUCAAUCAUCCAUCUUUCUCUUGCCUGAGCGGGAAGGGCGGUGGGCCAGGCAGAGGACAGAACUGGAGGCAGUCCAUCUAGGGAAUGGGACUGUGAGGCCACACUUGGGGAACAUGUGGACUGCUAUUCCGGAGCUUUUAUUUUUGGUGUGUUCGUUGCACAGCUGUUUGAAAUGUUUAAUAAAGCUUUAUAAACUUUA